GGUAUAGUAUACGGACAGUUUCUUGCAAAGCUAUCGAUGACUCGUUGUUCUCGGUAGUCUCAGCUUCUCUCCCGCGCAGAAACAUGUAUCUUGUGCGUUCUUCUAACGAGAAAAAGCCGAAUACAGUGAUAUAGUACUGACUUUAUCUAAUAAAAUAAUUAAAAUUCAAGACGUGCAAUCACCAAUAUUAAUAGUAAUGGUGCUAAAAUCAAAUCGACAUUUCGAGAUUUUGCUGAGAAACAAAAUAAGAUAAUUCAAUUCUAUUAUAUUUUGCAUUUGACACAUUUUAUUGCAAUUAAUACAAAAGUAAAGGUGUGCAUAAAUUUAAUGUGACAUUUUUUAAUUGUUGAAAAUUUAACACUUAUAUGAGAAAUGAUAAACACUAAAUUUGAUCAGGUAUCUAAUUAUUCGAAUGUUUAUUAUUACGUGAAAUAAUGAGUGGAAAGUUAUUUGCAUUUUUGUGUUCGGUGCUUCUUCUCGUCAUUUUGUCAUCGAAAUCGCAGCAAAAUUUCACCAACGAGAAUGAUAAUUUGACGAUACAAUACGAGAUAAAUACGGAUUCUACAAUAAAUUAUAACGACGAAAUAAUAACAUUGCGACUUGAUUUGCAUAAAAAUUUGAUGAUUAAUACACAAAAUGACAAAAUGCAGCAUGAAUUUUAUAUGAAUAAUAAACGUGAGGUUAAUGAUUUGAUUCAACAUAAACGUCACAAGCAUUCAAUGCAGAAUAAAAAUGAUGAGCAAAAAACGAUAAAAUCUAACAGAAAUUCGACAAAUGUCAAUCAUAAAAAGAAUUUUACGCCGCAAGAAGUUUACGAAAAUGUAAUUGAAAAGAAUGAUUCCAUGUCACUUGAAGUCUUCAAAAAUUUCAGCAAAGAUGCUAACAAAACUAACAUUGUCCCAAACGAAAUGUGUCAUAAUGAUACUUGCAUUCGCCUCUGCUGUUCUUUUGGCGAGCGUCUGGUUCAUGGCAACUGCAUUCCUGAAAGAGUUAAAUACAUUUUUCCAAACGUAUACAUGAACGAUUCGACGCAGAGCGAAAAGAGAGUGAACGUAUUUUUUGAGCUAGCCAUUAAUGAUUCGUGCCGGGAAGAUUACUAUCUGCUUCCUAAAGGUUUUCAGUACGAUUAUAAGAUUUUUACCAACGGUUCUAUAUAUUUACCUUAUUAUAAAAUAUUUGUUGAAUCGACAUCAUAUUGUCUCGCCGUCGUCGACGGGAAUGAGUUCGAAGUAAUCAUCUGUUUCAAAACUUAUGACAAGCUUAAGGAGAUAUUUAAUAAAAGCGAAUGGCUCUUCUGACAACGAUUUAUCAAAAUAUUACGCAAAUAAGUGUCUAUAUAAUAUCUAUAUUAUUUUUGGGGUUAGUAUUUCUGGUGUAUUCUAUUAUGCCAGAACUCCGAAAUAAACACGGCUUCAUGUUGCGCAAUUAUAGCGGUGCCGUGUCUGUUGUAUACGGAAUUGACCUUGUGUAUUUUUUUAUCAAAUCGGAUAUACAGUAUCCCGUCUGCGUUACAAUAGCUUUUUUAAAAUACUUUUGCUAUAUGGCGAGUUACUUUUGGUUAAGUAUAAUGAGCUUUGAUAUGUGGUUCACAUUCAGAGGAUUCAGUUCGUUACUAAGAAACGUCAGACAACGAAAAAAAAAAAAGCUGAUAUAUUAUACGAUCUUUGCGUGGGGAUGUCCCUUUAUGUUUGCUAUUUUAUGUGUCAUCAUGGAUAUUCUUUCGGCGUAUGUAAAUGUACCACCGAUUUUGCAACCGGAAUUUCAUUUAGGAGAUUGCUGGUUUUUAGUAAGUGAAGAUAAUGCUAUAGGAUUCUAG